AUGCCUGCUGCCACUCGUGCUGUCCUGCGGCAAUCGCAGUUCCUGACCCGCAGAACCGCCGUCAGACACGCCUCAUCUUCCUCCGAGAAGGCCACCCAGGCUGCCUCUAAGGCUCAGGAGGGUCUCUCCAAGGCUACUGCCGCUGCUGGUCCCGCAAUCUCCAAUGCUGCCUCUGCCCUGCGCAAGGUUGGCGGCCCCGUCGGCAAGGUUGUUUCGUUCGUCGACUCCAUGAUUCCACCCACUCUCUACUACUCUCGCGUCGGUCUCGAGCUCGGCAAGCUGGUUUUCCGUGGCCAGAACAUGUCUCCCCCUAACAUGGCCACUUUCCAGUCCUACUUCCAGCCUUUGAUCAACCUCUCCCGCAACCCUGCUGCCCUGAAGUCCGUCAACAUCUCCCCCGCGAACUUCCUCGCCCGUGUCCGCAACGCUAGCCCUAAGGAGCUCGCUCUGGCCGGUGUCACCGCUGCUGAGGUUAUUGGUUUCUUCACCAUUGGCGAGAUGAUCGGUCGCAUGAACAUUGUCGGUUACCGCGGCGAGGUUGCUCACCACCACUAA